GAUACAGUUAUACGUUUUCAUUGUGCGACACACCGGUUGCAAAUAGAUGCUUAACGUUGUUUAUGUCCGUUUUACUGUGCUAUUCACAAAUGCACGUUUAGGUCGAUAUUACUGCAGCACUAAACAUAACUGAGACAGCUCGCUCGCGUUUGAAUUUACAUUUCAGUGUAGAUCCCGCACCGUUUCUGUCAACUAGGCUAAAAGAAAAGCUAAUCUUUUCAUUAAUGGAAGCGUCUCGUGUGUAUUUUGGGUAAUUUUUUAGGAAAAAAUAGCCAAGUGCGUUGUCGUUAAGACAAGAUGAGUUCUCGGUUUGACCGUGGAGGUGGAAGAAGGGGCAGAAGAGGAGGUCGCGGGCACAGAGACAACAGCAGAGAGAGAUGGGAAAGAGGAGGCUCGAGCUUUGACCAGGACCAAGGAGAAAGUGGACCUAGAGACCGUCCUCCUCCACAUCUGAAGGGCCGAGAGAUCGGUCUGUGGUACGCGCGGUACGGAGCAGUGAGGAGGAAACAGGCAGAUCGAAGAUCGAGAGCUGUGGUCCACAUGGAUGAGGCCAGAGAGCAACACAUCACCAAGUUACUAAAUUCUGUACAGAACGACCAGCUCGGUCUAAGGAGAGACGGUAGAGAUGCAAGAGCCUCCACCUCCGCCAGCAGGCAGACGGACACAAGGGACGCUGCUCACUGUUAUUUUGACGGGGAUUUGCCUGAAGAGGAGAAGAUCAAGGCUGAAGUUAAAAGUGAGGAUGAAGAGGAAGAAGAAUUCACUGCAGGCCACAGGAAAUGUGCCACCUCUAGGGAAGCGGUAAAAAACGAGCCGCCCGACACCUGGGAUGAAGAUGAAGAAAAAGAGGAGAAAAAGAAAAUUAUACAAAAAGAAAAAGAUUUGGAGUACUUAUUUCAGGAGGUGGUCAGAGACCAAUCGCUGGAUGAUUACCUGAAAAGUGACUUGAGGAACAAAACGUUUGAGCCAAAGUACAAAGAAAUGCUGAAAUUUAGAGAAAAACUACCGUCCUACAGCAAAAAAGAGGAUUUGGUGGAGCUCAUCAACUCCAACCGGGUUCUGGUGGUGAGCGGGGAGACCGGAUGUGGGAAAACCACUCAGGUGACCCAGUUCAUCCUGGAUGACUACAUCAGCAGGGGCGCGGGCUCCUUGUGUCGCGUUGUCUGCACGCAGCCUCGCCGGAUCAGCGCCAUCUCGGUAGCUGAGCGUGUAGCUGCUGAGAGGGCAGAGAGUGUGGGGAAUGGGAAUUCUUGUGGUUACCAAAUCCGCCUGCAGAGCCGGUUACCACGGAGACAAGGUUCAAUCCUGUACUGUACAACAGGCAUCAUUCUUCAGUGGCUGCGCUCGGAUCCGUCGUUGUCUAGCGUCAGUCAUCUGGUUUUGGAUGAGAUUCAUGAGAGGAACCUCCAGUCGGACGUUUUACUCAUCAUCGUGAAGGACUUACUCAGAAUCCGAGAUGACCUCACAGUCAUCCUCAUGAGCGCCACACUGAACGCAGAAAAGUUUUCUAAGUAUUUCGACAACUGUCCAAUGAUCCACAUCCCUGGUUUGGCGUUCCCGGUGGAAGAGUUCCUGCUUGAAGACGUUGUGGAGAAGAUUAGAUAUCGUCCACAGAACCAGGACCGUCGUCCAGCCUGGAAGAGGGGCUUUUGGCAGGGCCGCCAGCUCCGAUCUGAGAAGGAGCAGAAAGAGGCUGAAUACAAGGAGAGCUGGCCCUGUUAUGCGCGCACGCUGCAGGACAGAUACUCUGACAGCACCAUCGAGACCUUAGAGGUUUUGGACAGCGAUGACAAGAUUGAUCUGGAGCUGAUCUUGGCACUGAUCUGUCAUAUUGUGCGCAGUGAGGGGGAAGGAGCGAUCUUGGUUUUCCUACCAGGCUGGGACAACAUUAGCGGUCUCAAUGAUCUGCUGAUGGCUCAGACCAUGUUUAGAUCUGAUCGGUUUGUUAUCAUCCCCCUGCACUCCCUCAUGCCCACUGUGAAUCAAACACAGGUUUUCAAAAGGCCUCCACCUGGAGUUCGAAAGAUUGUGAUUGCUACUAACAUAGCUGAGACGAGCAUCACCAUAGACGACGUCGUGUACGUCAUAGACGGCGGAAAGAUUAAGGAAACCAACUUCGACACCAACAACAACAUCAGCACCAUGACGGCGGAGUGGGUUAGUCUCGCCAAUGCCAAACAGAGGAAAGGACGCGCAGGCAGAGUGUGUCCAGGAAAGUGCUAUCACUUGUACAACGGGCUCAGAGCCAGCCUGCUGGAUGCAUAUCAGUUACCUGAAAUUAUGAGGACGCCGCUGGAGGAGCUCUGCUUGCAGAUAAAGAUUCUGAAGCUGGGCUCUAUAGGUCGAUUCCUGGAGAAAGCCCUGGACCGCCCCACGGAGAAGGCCGUCAACCUCGCCAUCAAGAACCUCACAGAUCUGAAUGCACUGGACCACACAGAGAACCUGACACCGCUGGGUUUCCACUUGGCCCGUCUCCCUGUGGAGCCCCACAUUGGGAAGCUGAUCCUGUUUGGUGCUCUGCUGGGAUGCCUGGACCCCGUCCUCACCAUCGCUGCCUCACUCAGCUUCAAAGACCCUUUCUUCAUACCCCUGGGUAAAGAAAAGAUGGCCGACAUGAGGAGAAGAACCCUGUCCAGGAACUCUAAAAGUGACCACCUCACCAUUGUCUAUGCCUGUCAGGGCUGGGAGGAAGCUAAACGGCGGGGUGCCAGGUAUGAGAGGGAGUACUGCUGGGACAACUUCCUGUCAGCCAACACUCUCCAGAUGAUUCAUAACAUGAAGGGCCAGUUUGCUGAGCAUCUCAUGCAUACAGGCUUUGUCAGCAGCAGAGACCCAAAAGAUUAUAAUUCCAACAUUAACUCAGACAACGAGAAGCUAAUCAAAGCAGUGAUCGUAGCCGGGCUGUAUCCGAAGGUGGCCACCAUCAGACCGUCUCACAGCAAGAAGAGGCCGGGGGUGAAGGUUUACACACAGGCUGACGGGAAGGUGAACAUCCACCCCAAAUCUGUCAACGCCGAGGAGAAGGAGUUCAACUACACGUGGCUCAUUUACCACCUGAAGAUGAAAACAAGCAGUAUCUUCCUGUACGACUGCACCGAGGUGUCCCCGUUCUCGCUGCUCUUCUUCGGGGGUGACAUCACCAUCCAGAAAGACGAGGGCCAGGAGACCAUCGCCGUGGACCAGUGGAUCGUCUUCAGGUCCCCGGCGCGCAUAGCUCACCUUGUUAAGAGUUUAAAGAGAGAACUCGACUCGCUGCUGCAGGAGAAAAUCAGCAACCCAGCUCCCGUGAACUGGCAGAACCGCCAGUCCAAAGACUGCGCCGUCAUCACCGCCAUCAUAGACCUCAUCACCACCCAGGAGAGGGCCGCGGGCAGCAGCGGCAGGACGUGGGCGCCCGCCCCCAGAGGACAGCACAUUUACUUCAACGAUGCAGACGACGACGAUGAUUAAAGGUGGCCUGGAAGCGGCUGGCAGCAUCCUUGGACUCUGAGUUUGGCUGAAACCGUUCUGAUAACCAGCUGGUGUCUUUGAUUUUGAUUUCAGUUCUUCCUGAGCACUGCUGAAGGCCAUACAGACGACUAGAGUACAGGAAAAAAUAUAUAUAUAUGUGUAUUCUACACUUGAACCUGA